AUGCCCCCGUGCCCACCAUGUCGGGCGAUGUCUGCGUCUGCGACGGUCAGAGGCCCGGACGUCGUGGCGGGACGGCUGCAGAGCAGUGACGAGGCAGACGUCCGUGCUGCUGGCGGGGGGGAGGGGCAGGAGGAAGGGGCUGGUGGGUUUCACGGCCUGAUCGGCGGGGUAGACGAUCUACUCACAACGGAGGCAGAGGAUGACGACGGCGGCGAUGUCGACCAAUCAGCAACGGAGGCCGAGCCAGACGACGACGAUGUCGACCAAUCAGCAACGGCCACCGAGCCUGGGGACGAGGAGGCGUUACAGCAGCCGCCGACCAAAGACCCGUCCGUGAUGCGCCUAUCUCGCCGCAUCGCGAGGUCCGGCAUAGCCUCUCGGCGUGAGGCCGAGCGUAUGGUCGAGGCGGGGGUGGUAAUGGUGAACGGAGCGACGGUGCAAACUCCGGCGCUGAACGUCGGCCCACGAGACAUCGUCAAAGUCAAUGUGGGUUUGUUCCAGCAGCCGGGGAAUGGGACUGAUUGUUUCACUUUUGUCCAGGGGAAGGUGCUGGAAAGGCCGGAAAGCCACACGCCGAAGCUGUGGAUGGUGCACAAGAUGAGGAACGAGCUGGUCACGAGGCACGACCCGGAAGGGCGUCCGACUGUGUUCGACAGGCUGACCAAGCUCAAGCUGCCCGACACACUGAUGCCAGUGGGCCGGCUAGACUACAACACGGAAGGCCUCCUGCUGCUCACGAACGACGGGGACCUAGCACGCAAGAUGGAGCUUCCGAGCAGCAACAUCGUGCGCACCUACUCGGUUCGAGUCUACGGCAACAUUACGGAAGAAAAGCUGAGGGCCAUGCGUAGCGGCUGCACAAUCGACGGGGUUCGGUACAAGGGCAUGUUCGUGAGAGUGGAAGGGGGCGGGGGCAAGGGGAGGGAGGGCCGGAACGCCUGGCUCACGAUUGAGUGCACCGAAGGAAAAAACCGGCAAAUCCGCAAGAUCUGCAAGUACCUGUGCCUGACCGUAAACCGGCUGGCCAGGACUCGCUACGGCCCCUUCAGCCUGGGAAAGGUACGGGCCGGCGGAGUCGCCGCCGUGGAAAUCCCGAAGGCGUUCAUGCGUCGUCUCGAGGACGGCGGUGGCUCGCCGGGCGGGGCAGGCGGCGGCGGCAGCGGCAGCGGUAGCAGCAGAAGAAGAGUGGGCCCGGGGCCUGGGAACGGGAUGCGGCGGGAAAUGGAGGCUGGGGGGAUGAAGGUAUCGGAGGUGUCGUCGCCGGGGACCGGGCUUAGCAACACUGUAGGCGGGGGAAGGGACACCGGCGAUCGCGCUGGUAGCUCUGGAGGGCGGCAUUGGGGCGGUGGGUUUAGAGGAGCUGGUAGGUCGUGGGGAGAGAAAGGGGGCCCGCGGAUUCGGAAAGGGGUCGGGGCGCCGAUGUCACGGGGGGAUAACUCCGCCCGUCCAACGGCGCAGCAGCGCGCACGGUAG